CAAAUUUGCUGUUGCCCCACUACAGGGCAUUUGUAGCUAGGAGAAGGUCAACUACUCUAGCUCCGGUCACCAUCCUUUCAAUUUGGUCUCAUCUUCAACCUCUCCGACCUACUCGAUCGAUCACCGGAUUUCAGUGGAAGUCUACUCUAUCUUUGAAAUUCUCUGUGGCAAUUGUGUGCAAUGGCUGUGGACGAAGACGCUGAACUAGGACAUGCGCCACAGAAGAAGAAAACCGCUUCUGAUGAUGACAAAAGGAGAAAGAAACUCGUACCUGGGGGCCUGAUGAAAGCUGUGCUCAGGCCUGGGGGAGGAGAUUUGAAUCCGGCUGAUGGUAAUCAGGUCAUAUUUCAUUGCACUAUUCGCACGUUGGAUGGAGUUAUUGUUGAGUCUACGAGAUCAGAAUUUGGAGGUAAUGGUACCCCAGUGAGGCAUGUUUUGGGUAAGAGCAAAAUGAUUCUGGGGCUGCUAGAAGGAAUUCCCACGAUGCAGAAGGGUGAAAUUGCUAUGUUCAAGAUGAAACCUGAAAUGCACUAUGGCGAGGAAGAUUGUCCCAUUCCAGUAUCUGAUAGCUUUCCAAAGGAAGCUGAACUUCAUUUUGAGAUUGAGCUGAUAGAUUUUUCUAAAGUCAAGGUCAUCAGUGAAGAUUUGGGAGUAGUGAAGAAGGUGAUUGAUGAAGGGCAGGGUUGGGAAUCACCAAGGGAACCUUAUGAAGUAAAGGCUUGGAUCUCUGCAAAGACAGGGGACGGAAAAUUGAUUCUAUCACAUAAUAAAGGAGAACCGUUUUUCUUUACUUUUGGAAAGUCCGAGGUACCUAAAGGGCUUGAGAUGGGAAUAGGAACAAUGUCCCGGGGGGAGAAGGCACUAAUUUAUGUUGCCAAUCAAUACUUAACUGAAACUUCUCUCAUUCCGAUGGUGGAAGGUAUUGAAGAAGUUCAUUUUGAAGUGGAGCUAGUUCACUUUAUUCAGGUGCGGGACAUGCUUGGAGAUGGUCGUCUAAUAAAACGUCGUAUUCGUGAUGGAAAAGGUGAAUUUCCUAUGGAUUGCCCUCUUCACGACAGUCUACUACGUGUGCAUUACAAGGGCAUGCUUCAAGAUGAAGAAAAGACAGUCUUUUAUGACACAAAAUUUGAUAAUGAUGGCCAACCUUUGGAGUUCAGCUCUGGAGAAGGGCUCGUGCCGGAAGGACUUGAGAUGUGUGUUCGUUUGAUGUUGCCUGGAGAGAUAGCUCUUGUGACAUGCCCUCCUGAUUAUGCAUAUGAUAAAUUUCCAAGGCCUGCUAAUGUACCUGAAGGUGCUCAUGUUCAAUGGGAGAUUGAACUUCUUGGUUUUGAGAUGCCAAAGGAUUGGACAGGUUUGAACUUCAGAGAGAUAAUGGAUGAGGUUGAGAAGAUCAAAGGCACGGGGAACAGGCUUUUUAAAGAAGGAAAGUUUGAACUUGCUAAAGCAAAGUAUGAGAAAGUGCUUCGUGAAUUUAAUCAUGUCAAUCCACAAGAUGAUGAAGAAGGAAAAGAGUUUUCUGAAACAAGAAAUCUAUUGCAUCUAAAUGUUGCCGCAUGUUAUCUUAAAAUGGGAGAAUGCAGAAAGUCCAUUGAAGCCUGCAAUAAGGUAUUAGAUACAAACCCUGUUCAUGUGAAAGCUCUUUAUCGUCGUGGGAUGGCAUACAUGUCGGCUGGAGAUUUUGAAGAAGCAAGGAAUGAUUUUAACAAGAUGAUAAGCGUUGACAAGUCUUCUGAGCCAAAUGCAAGGGCAGCACUUCUUAAAGUGAAACAAAAGGAGCAGGAAGUUGAGAGGAAGGCCCGGAAGCAGUUUAAAGGACUGUUUGACAAGAAACCAGGGGAAAUUGCGGAAGUCGGAACCACAAAUACUGAAGAUCAGGUUUCAAGAGAAAGUGAGAAAGAUAAUGAGGAUGAUCCAGAUGGAGAUAGUGAUGAGCAACACGGCGAGGCUGCAGCUGCUGCCCCUCGAACGAGUUUUCUGUCCCAGUUGUGGCCUUCUGGUAGAAGACUAUUCAGAUCGCUUGGGCUACAAAGGUGCUCCAUAUUAUGAGUUUAACUUAGUAUUUCAGAAACAGAGAUGCACCCAACUCUUUAACGUUUUCUCAAAUGUUUUCACUUAGAAGAAUCUGCUUGUUAGGAUUCAGUUAAAGCCCAUAAAUCUUGGACACCCUCCACCAAAAGGAAAACCAUAAAAUAGAGUAGGAGAAGAAGAGAAAACACACGAGGGGGAUGGGAGAUCUUUAUGGUGUUUGUUGACUAAUUAGUUUUGUCUCCAUCAUUUGUACCGUCCACCAUGUCAUUUUAAUGAAAUUUGAAGUGAUACUGAUUAUGAAGUGAAAGGUUAUUGCCUUUUGCUUGCUGUUACUUUACUUCACAUUCUGUAUCGGGGUGUUGUCACUGGGUGAUUAAUUAAUGAUGGAUCGCAAUUUUGCCCA